ACAGUUUUGACUUGACUGAGUCAAAAACUAACAACACGACAGACUGCUUGUGCGCAGGGAAGAAAGGAAGCCAAAAAGGUCGUGCCCGGGAUCGAACCGGGAUUGCUGGAAUCAGAAUCCAGAGUGAUAACCAUUACACUACACAACCUGUUGUUGUGAUAGACGGGUUGCCUUUUAGUAUUACAAGCUAAGAGAUAAGGAAAAUCAAGAAACAAGGUCGUGAUAUGACCUCAUUGUUUUCGCCAGCUCAUGGUACCUGAGUCGACUCUACCCCGCUAAUCUGUUUCACACAUGCUACAAUAUGCAUAGUUCGCACAACAUGGAGCCGCAGUCGAAUGAGGAGUGGCAAAUUGAGGAGGGCAUCCCCCAAGUUGAAGAUCCAUUUAUCCAGCAAUAUCUGCGGGGUCGGAGUUCGCUUAUUCUGGAAGAACAAAAGCAGCGGCAUGAUAGCAACCUUACCAAGGCUUUACCGCCAACAGCUGCUAGAGCUUGCAGUAUUGUCGCCAGAAUCCGCGACCGGGAGCUACAUCAGCUGUCUACUUCGUCUGGUUUAGAUGAUGCUCGGUUUCCCGAGGCCAAGUCCCUGGAUUGGGAUAGGGUGCAGAAGACAAAGCUCUGGAGAAUCAUCAAGGCAAUGCCCAAAGGAUCUUUGUUGCAUGCUCCGUUACAUGCCAUGAUCAAUGCGGACUUUUUAAUCAAUGUGGCGUUCACUACCCCGGGAUUGUGUGUCUUUGCGACGCAGCCUUUGCUAUCCCAGGAUGACUUGGAUGAGAAGCUAUUCGCCUUUCAAUACUCGUUGGCGGCGUCAAAAGACUUGGAAGACAGACCUACUGUGUGGUCGUCUGCGUACGAGCCCUCAAGUCCUAUCCCACUGAGAAAGGCGGCCUCUUCUUUCCCGUAUGGGGGAGAGAAUGGGUUUCGUGACUGGCUGCGAAGCCGAUGUAUCCCUCAAGCGGGGCGUGCGAAUUAUCAUAGCCGUGUGAUGCCAAUUGUGAAUUCUCUGCUCAGCUAUGAGCCUAUCCUGCGGGCAUGCUUGCGACAUGUAUUUGCUCGACUUUGGAGCGAUGGGAUCAAAUACGUGGAGUUCAGAACGACUUUUACAUUCCCAUAUCGCAAGGAAGGGAAGGAUAUUCCCGAAGAAGGCCAUAGCGAUUGGUGCCACGUGUUUCAGGAAGAGCUUGCACGUUUCCAAGGGACGCAGGAAGGGCAAGGGUUUUACGGAGCGCGGAUUAUAUGGGCCUGUCCCCGCUCAUUGUCGAAGCGAGACAUUGUCGAGAACAUGAAAGAUUGCAUCCUGGCAAAGUAUGAUUAUCCCGAUACGAUUUGCGGAUUUGAUAUGAUAGUGGAUAAGGAUGAUCAGCACUCGCUCACUGAUUUGGUUCCCAUACUAUUUUGGUUUCGCAAAGAGUGUUCUGCAGAGGGCUUGGAUAUCUCUUUCUGCUUCCACGCUGGUGAAUCCCUGAGAACUGGGGGAGACCAAGGUUUGUUCGAUGCUAUCUUGUUGGGCGCGCGGAGGAUAUGCCAAGGGCUCUCGCUCAGCCAACAUCCAUUACUGAUCGAGCUGAUCAAGGAGAAAAAAAUCCUGAUUGAGUGCAGCCCGCUCUCAGAUGAGAUCCUUGGACUCACCGACAGUAUUCAAACGCAUCCUCUACCUGUUCUAUUAGCCCGUGGUGUUCCUGUAUCUCUUGGUAUCAAUGCGCCGGGCCUGCUCGGUGAAUCAAACGACCUGACACGACAGUUCUGGCAAGCGGUUCAAGGGAUUGACAACAUGGGUCUUACGGGCCUUGCAAUGAUGGUGGAGAACUCCAUCCGGUGGAGCUGUUACCAAGACCAGCCAUCGGCGGAGUGGCAGUCCGAUCUUCGGGAAGGGAUCUUGGGGGAGGGGACGAAGGCUAGCCGUUUGCAGGAAUGGUAUGCAGAUUUUGAGAAAUUCUGCCAGUGGGUUACAGAGGAAUUCGCGGAGACGGAAGGUGAAGAGCAAGACUGAACUAUUUCACAUUCCACUCAUAGUGUAUCCGUCAACAGCCAUUCCCCAAAAGUUGCAUUAAACUUCAUAAUGAAGGGGUACGCUUAGUAAUGAUAU